GGAGAGAGAAAUAAAUUGGAGAAUAAAAACAGAGAGGAGAGAGGGAGCUUCACCAUCUCUCUCUCUGUUUCUCUGGGUUGAAACAGAGGAGAGGAGCUUUCGAAGUUUUUCUGCGAGAAGAACUGAAAAGUGGUACAGACUUAAAUUUGCUCCAGUUUUUCAUUAGAACAAGGAAGACCACUAUCCGGUGUUAUUAUUAUAGUGGUAGCAUCCAUACAAGGAACAGCUUUUUACUGUCUAUAUUUCGUUCUUUGAACUCGCCAUAUGCUCUCUUGGUGAGUAUUGAUUUAAUUGUGGAAUCUCAAGAAAAGUAGAGAUUUAGUUGCAACUCAAGAAAUGUCUGGUGGAGAGCCAAGAAGGGUCUCGCAUAAAGAUAUACAAUUGGUACAAAAUCUUAUAGAACGAUGUCUGCAACUAUAUAUGAACCAAAAAGAGGUUGUUGAGACUCUAAUGAAAGAGGCAACCAUAGAGCCUGGUUUUACUGAACUUGUUUGGCAAAAGCUUGAAGAAGAGAAUAGGGAAUUUUUCAAGGCAUACCAUGUUAGGUUGAUGGUGAAGAAUCAGAUUUUGAUUUUCAACAGGUUGCUGGAGAAACAGGUUGAAUUGAUGCAUAAAAUAAGCACAGGUGGCAUUGCUUCUCUACCUGUUUCUAAUGGAUCUCAUUUAUCACAAUUAAACCAGACUCGGACAUGCAUCUCAGAGCAUGCAGUUACACCUACAAGGCUGGAGAAUAUGCAUCAUCCAAUUGGUCCUCAUACUCCUAAUGCAUUUAUAAAUGAUGUGCCCUUGGUGCAUAGAAGUAUGCACAUAGUUGAUGAUGUUCCUGCUCAUACUGGAAGGAUAGAUGUCUCUACUAGCAUGCUCUCAACUCAGAACCCACAUAUGGAAAUAAUGCCAGGAAUGAAUGGAAUGGUGAUCAAAUCAGAACCUGGAUAUUCAAACAGUUCAGCUUUUAAUUUUGGUACUGAAGGAAAUGUCCUGGAAACACGCCCGACAAUUGGGGAUGCAUCUGUUGCAUCUUUCAAUGGCAUAGAAUCCAACUCACAACCCCUGAAUGAACUCCUGGAUAACGAUAUGUCUUCAUUUGGAUUUUUAAGCCAGAUUCCUCGAAAUUUCAGUCUUUCAGAUUUGACAGCUGGCUUUUCACAGAGUGCUGAUAUACUGGAGAAUUACUCUAGGUCCCCAUUCCUAGGAACAGAUGUAGAGGACUUCCUGGGUUACCCUCAGAAGGUUGAAUGCCAAGGAGAGAAUAAGAGACUGGAUACCAUUUCAGAAGACUUAAGUUAUGAAGGUUUUGGUGGUGAUGGAUCAUUUUCAAAGUAGGUAACUAGAUAACUAUAGAAAACAAGUGAUUGACUGUACAUAGCAAUUUCAAAUCAAGAAAGCUUCAAAAUUUUAGUCUUUGUAUUGAAUAGUAUGUAAACUUUCACUAACUAAAUGGGUAUUGAUUUUAGAUAGAUCACCCAAGGAAGACGUCUACAAGAAGUUUCAAAACAGUGUGAACAGAAAUGGUUCUCUAUAACCAUGAAGUCCAAAGAAGUGGUCUAGUCUAUAUUUUGGCAUUAGAAGUAAAUAGAGUAGGUCAGUCAUAUAAUAUUUGGAUAAUUUGUGUGGUUUCAUUUAGGAGAGAGUGUAAUUCAUAGAUAAAAGGCUACUAUCUACCUUUUCAUUGAUUGAGGAUUGAAAUCUCUUUUAUUUCUGUAAUGUAAUCAUUUCAUUUGUUGCCUCAAGUUCUAUCUUUUUUUU